ACAAUCUCCCCGCCAUGAUCUCAGCCCACUGGCGCUUUCGCUAGAUCCGAGGCUUGUCGCUUUGCCCGACACUGUGAACGACAGUCGCAGACCCUUAUCAUCUUCGAGCUGUGUCCUUGUCUCUUUCCACUGAUCGCAUUUCUUGGGCCACCCUUCUCUCGCCUCCCGUAAGCUUGCUGGUCUGAUAUCGCUCCAUUGACUUGCACGGCUUUGCUGCGAAGAUGACGGCCGUUCUUUCCGCCUCCCGAGAGGAACACGCGCGUUUCCCUCCGGAUUCUUUCCGCUCUGCUAUCACUCAGACCUAUUUCAUUGAGGAGCCUGAGAUUGCUACCGCCAAGUCUGCUGUCCAUGGCUUCCAUCCACCAGAGUACACGAACUCAAUCACAUCUAUGCAUCCGUCCGACUCACCCUCCUCGGACCUUGCACUCUCAGCCGCGGACCAUUUCUCCUCGAGAGCCACCACCCUUAGCAGUCUAUCUUUGAGUGUCGGCGAUGAUCAAGAUGACAGCGAAUUGAUACUACCAUCGUAUGACUCUAAUCAGUUCCUCCCAAAAGAACCGGAAGCCCUUAGUGAAGUGUCGGUAGACUCGUCGGCGGAUCUUCAGCGGUGGAAGGCGCAGACACCAGCUGCCGAUGAUAGUUCAAUUGAAGAUGAGCCAUCGAGACAUGUCGACUAUCUAUCUCACGAGUGGCGGCAGGAAGACAUAUGGGCUUCGUGGCGUUAUGUGGUCGCUCGUCGAAGCGCCUACGACAACGGACUGAGGUUGGAGAAUGCGUCAUGGCGGACAUGGGGCAAGCUGAAGAUGAAUUUGGGUACAGUAUCCCCAGAGACUUUAAAUUGGCUUAAAGACUGUGACGUUACAUGGCUGUAUGGGCCACUGAAAACGUGCGAUAGACGGGAGCCGGCUUUGAACGACUCCCCUCCGCCGAGUCGAUUCGCAACGCCAACUCUGUACCCUGACAGAAAGCCAAUACUGAAGAAGAGAACCGCCUCCGAAACCAUCCUUCAACGCUCUUUAUCCCAACAUACUCUCCUACAGCAUGCAGGGGCUAUUUUGAAAGCACAGGAAGCGGAGACGAAUCGAAGUCGACCGUCUUUCCAACGCUGCCCCUCGGAUCUUGGGCAGGUGCCGAACCAAUUGGCAGCUACUUUUGUUUCAGCGUCUCUUCGCGGAACCACUACCGAGACAACAUCGUCAGGCAUUGGGUCUCCCAGUGAAAGACGACAUAUUCACUUCAACAAUGAAGUAGUGCAAUGCAUCGCAGUGGAAGCAAAGGAAGAGGAGGAAGACGAUGAAGGGCCCGCGGUUCGCGAUGACUCGUCCUCGGAAGACGGUGUCGUGAUGAUGAAACAGAUUCACCCUGACACAAGGCGGAGCGAUCAAGCCACGCUUCGUGGUUGCUUCAGUGCUGAUAACAAAACCAUUGCCCCCCUUCCCUCGACCACGUUGAAGUAUCGUGGUGACACUCCCGAGCCUCCGGCAGGCUCAAUAAUGGACCGUUGGUCCUACUACUUCUCCUCGUCGACUUCCUCGGCAAAGACUGCUCGGCCCUCUACUUCCGCCAACUUUCUCUUGGACGAAGAUGAUAGCGAUUAUACCUUUGACUGGGGUUCGAGCCGGAGCUCCCACGAUCCAUCCAACACCAGCCGUCCAUGGUUUGUAAAUCCCGAAGAUGACGAAGAGCUCGGCCACUACUUUGACUCGACGUCACCGGGUACGCGUACUCCGACUGAAGACGAAGAAAGCUUGAACGGGAGCAUCCUUGAUCGCGUUAUCGAUACAAUGAAUACCGCCAAAGACAUCGCUCACGUGAUAUGGAAUGUAGGAUGGAGACGAUGACUUUGUCCUCAUUCUCCAUGAAUCACUC